GCCCAGCCCUGCAGAACUGGGGCAGCUGCUGUUCAACUCAGCUAAGCUCAAAGCUACACUGGUAAAGAUGGAUUAUGCCAAGAAGUCUCUGGGCCUGCUCUCCCCAAGGUCUCUUUCUAAGUGUGUCUCUGCCAGUGCCUCCAUGACGCAGCAACUGCUAGCCACCCCUGCUCCCCGGGCCCGGCCUUACCGAGUGACUAACUGGGAUCGCACCAUGCGCAAAGGCAUCAUGGCUGACAGCCUGGAGGACUUGCUUGAGAAAGUGCGCAGUGCUCUGCUCUUGGUGGGACCCAUAUCGGUCGUCAUAGACGAGGAUGGCACCAGCGUGGAGACAGAAGAGUUCUUCCAGACACUAGAGGAAGGCAGCGUGUUGCUAGUGUUAACCAAGGGUCAGAUCUGGCGCCCAGCCAAGACUGCAGGCUACCAGCUGUCGCUAUCCCACAAGCCCCGGCACAGGAUUGAUGUGGCAUGUGUAACCUUCGACCUCUACAAGACCAAUCCUCAAGACUUCCUUGGCUGCUUGAAUGUCAAAGCCACCCUCUAUGGCACAUACAGUAUGUCCUACGAUAUGCAGUGCUAUGGGGCCAAAAGGAUAAUGAAGGAAGCUCUACGUUGGACACUCUUCACCAUGCAAGCUACAGGCCACGUGUUGCUUGGCACUUCCUGUUACGUGCAGCAGUUGUUGGAUGCUAGUGAAGAGCAGCAGAAAGAGGAAGUCUCAUCAGCUCUGUUCAGCCUCCUGUCUCCUCCCACCAGAAAGAUGCUGCGGUGAUGGAGGUUCUGUCAUUUAGACUUUGUAUUGACAGCUGUCAGCAUCUAGAAGCUGAUAACUCUAGCACCUGCUAUGGAGUAAGGUGGAAAAGAAGCUUUGGCACUCUCAUGCACCACCUGGCCAUAAACAUAGCUGGUAGAAAAGUGGUUGGGAGCACAAGACGGGGUGUCAAACUUCUUCUGUCUGCAUCUGGUUGCUCAGAUGUCCUGUGCUGUGUAAAUGUGCUAUUUCACUGUGUUAAGAAGCACUGCUCACUGUACUUGGUGAAAGCAGUGAAGAAGGGCCUCUGAGAUCUGCCUAGACUUUUUUUUUUCUUAGAAGAGGUUGUCUGUUCUGGAUGCAUCUUCACCCUCAUGGUGUCCUGUCUUAAUGAAUAUUGUAUUGUGAAUAUGUAAUAUUAAAGAUUAUUUCUUAAAACCA